AUGAAAAGUGUGUCACAAUCGGCAUCUAAAACAGUCAUUUCUUAUAUUUAUAAACUCAUCCAAACUAAUAAAUUUUCUCACUUGAUUGCGCUUAUUUAUGAUAAUAUUUUGGAAAAUUCCAACAAACCAUUCUUGAAUAAAGCACAAGCUGAGAUUAUCCUUUCAUUGCUCUGUUUACCAAAUCAAAAGAUUCCAAAUAUUGUGAGUUAUGCUGAUCUAUGCUUAUUACUUAAGGAUGCUUAUGAAGAAAAAUUUGGAAAUGUAUCAAAUAAAAAUGAGGAAAAUUUAUCAAAAUCUGAAGAUAGUUGGGAUGAAGAGAAUUUAGAAGAAAUGGAAGUUCUCUCAACAUUGAAUUCAUUUCGUACUAAAACACAUGCGCAGUGUUCAGAUAUUUUUAAUUUUAUUCGACAAGAAAAUUUGAUUCGUACAGUAAUGCGACAAGCAUGGAAAAUGCAAAAAUUAAAAAAAGAUUUGUAUGAAAUGGAACAAAAGAUGGAUUAUUUGGUUGCACAUUAUGUUGCUGGAAAAUAUUGUGCAUGUCAAAAUGGUGAAUAUUCGGAAUGUGAUUCAGGCUGUCAUACGGAUCGAAGUAGUUCAUCAAAUAAUUCAAUAACAAAAUCAUUCGUAACAAAGAAAGAUGAAACAAAUGAUAUGACAAUAAUAAGUGGUCAGAAUUUUCUAACAGUAAAUGACAGUCAUAAAAAUAAUGGGAUGAAUUCAUAUCAGAAAACUAUGAAAUCACUGAAUGAAAAUGGAAAAUCAUUAUACGAUGAACAAAACAUUUGCAUCGACAACAAGCCAUCCACUUCUUUCACAUCUAUUCGAUACGUUCACACAAAAAAGCGUAACAGUUAG